AUGAGCGUAGGCAGGCCGUACGUGGGAACAACUUCCUCGUUAUUUUCCGGGAAUGAUCUUCUCGCCAGCCACAACGCCCUAUGCAGCCAGAAUAUGACCGAAUUCCAGCGGAAAAUUGAGUUACAAUCGCUCGAAGAUUUUCAAUAUCUCGUGACCAAGAUCCGCCGCGCCGCUCAGGCCAAGAUUGACAUGGACUUGCCGCCCAUGGAAGGAGAGGACCCUAUGCGGAAACGGGUCGAGGCUCUAGUUGCCCAAUACAUAAUGAAGGUCCUGGAGUCGGUGUCAGCUAACAUCGCCAUCAACGGACUUGAUCCAUCGCCGUCACUCAUACAUGCCUUACUGCACUCCACAACAAAUACGCUGCAAGAAACUGAAGAACACGAACCUUUCGACACCCGACUCCUAGAGAGAGCCAAGAAUCUGGCGCGUAAAGAAGAAGACCUUGUGGAAGAGAUUGCUGCGCUGCGCCGCUUGGCACCAGCUCAGAUUUUCGAAACCGUAAAAUCAGCUUAUUCACAGGGUCUUGAAACUGACGAGCAAAUCAUUCGUAAUCUCGAGCAACAAGCUGAGGCUUCAGAGCAGAGACCAACAAAUCUCGGAAUCCAGGCGCUCGAGAGGCAAGAGGCGGUCGAGGGGGAUUGGACGAGGAGUGUGCAGGGACUGAAAAUAUUGAUGCACUCUAUGCCCGAGAUGAUUGCGAAGAAGGAGAGGGCCGAGAUGGUCGAGGAGUAUGUGCUAAGAGACAAUAUCUAA